AUGUACGAAGAUGACAAGUUUUAUUUUCAAUGGAAAAUCAAAAACUUUUCGUAUUCUGCAAAUAAGACUGGUCAAGCACUUGUGAGUCCGUCUUUUGUUGCCGAUGUUCUAGAUGAAACCAAGUGGCACCUUGCAAUUUAUCCAAGGGGCAAAGAUGAUGAAGAAUACAUAGACAUUUUUGUAAAAAGAUUGAAAGAUGAUGGCGGAGGUGUUAAAAUUUCAAUUAUAUUCACAAUUGAGUUGGAAGCGGCAGAUUCAUCGCGCCAAGAACGCAGAGUAAGUCUUAAUUCACUUUUUGAGCGAGGCACUACUUGGGGCUUCCAACAGUACAUUAAACGGCAAACCUUACUGGAAGACAUGAAGUCAACUUUCUUGCCGGAUGAUAUCCUAACAAUACAUUGCACGCUCGAGAGGGCUCCCACGGAAGUCGAGUAUAUCAAAGAAUAUAUUGCUGAGACGUUUAUAAUGACCUUUAAGAAGGAAUUCACAUGGAAUGUUAAGAAUUUGCGUAGAGCCACUGACUGUUGUGACAUAAGUGGUGCAAUUUACUGA